CCGGCUGGGAAGGAAGCCGACGGGGAGAGAAAUGGAGGAACUCACGGCAAACCUCAAAAUUCAAGAACCCACAACACAAUUAGAGUAACCCAACUCGAAUUAAGGCUAAAGGGAUGAUUCCUAGUCGUUCCCUUACCAGAAAACCGAGAAGCUCUCCACCGACAAGAGCAGCUCGCGGCAGGGGAAGGAAGAGCAGAACAGAUCCGGGAUUUCUGGGUUGAGAGGGAAGAUUCUAAGCCCCAAAUCUUGUGAUUGAACAAGAAAGAAGGAGAAUUUCAAGCCCCUUUUUCGGUUUUCAAAGGAAGAGGAAGUCGGUGGCUUUGGGGGGGGUUUGUCGGGCUGCACAAAGAAGAAGAGCAGAGCAGAAACGUGUAUGGCUGGGAAGAAAAGGAAUGAAAAUAUCAGCUGAUC